UCGCUACUAUGUCAGAUAAUCCCUACCUCGCGCAUCACAAGAAAGGAAUGGGCUACGAGGCUGGGCCUUCAUCUGGAUCAAACGGAACAAUGCUUGGAGCCAAGGAUCCAUUGUUUGGGUGGAUUCCUCGUAAGGUUAAAGGAGAAGACGCUCGAAAAGCAUUGGACAAUGAUAUCAAUCCAUUCACGAAGCAACCUCACUCAUCUGAAUACAAGAAGAUCCUGGCAGGAAGGAAGAAACUGCCCGUCUAUGCUAAGAUGGACGAAUUUUUCAAAAUGUUCACCGAAAAUCAAAUCAUUGUCAUGGUUGGAGAAACGGGUUCCGGAAAGACCACACAGAUCCCUCAGUUCGUUGCCUAUGCCGAUCUGCCCCAUACGAGGGGGAAGCUCGUUGCCUGUACCCAGCCACGUCGAGUUGCGGCCAUGUCCGUCGCAAAACGUGUAGCUGACGAAAUGGACGUCUCACUGGGCCGCCAAGUCGGUUACUCGAUCCGAUUUGAGGAUAUGACUGAACCCGGCACGACAUUUCUCAAGUAUAUGACGGACGGAAUGCUUUUGCGGGAAGCCAUGAAUGAUCCCAACUUGGAACGUUACUCGACGAUCAUUUUGGACGAGGCCCACGAACGCACUCUCGCCACGGACAUCCUCAUGGGUCUCCUCAAAGAAGUCGCAAAGAGGCGGUCAGACCUCAAAAUUAUUGUCAUGUCUGCAACUUUGGAUGCGGUCAAAUUCCAAAAGUAUUUUAGCGUCAGAGGUUCUGAGGCUGCGCCGCUUUUCAAGGUUCCAGGACGGACGUUCCCCGUCGAGGUCUUCUAUACGCAAGAGCCUGAACCCGACUACGUUGAAGCUGCCAUCCGGACGGUGCUCAUGAUCCAUCGAGCAGAAGAGCCGGGCGACAUCUUGCUGUUCCUGACAGGAGAAGAAGAGAUCGAGGACGCUUGUCGCAAGAUCAAAGCAGAGGCCGACGACCUCAUCAAUCAAGAUCCAGAUGCCGUUGGACCCUUAUCAUGCAUACCAUUAUACUCGUCACUCCCUCCCCAACAGCAACAGCGAAUCUUCGAUCCAGCUCCCCCUGCUAGAGGCGGUGGUCCUCCUGGUCGCAAAGUUGUUGUGUCGACAAAUGUCGCCGAAACGUCACUAACGAUCGACGGGAUCGUGUACGUCGUGGAUCCCGGCUUCUCGAAACAGAAGGUCUACAAUCCCCGGAUUCGGGUGGAGAGUUUGCUUGUCAGCCCAAUCUCCAAAGCUUCCGCUCAGCAGCGAGCGGGCCGUGCCGGUCGAACACGACCCGGAAAAUGUUUCCGGCUGUACACAGAGAAGGAUUUCAUGAACGAGUUGGAGGAGCAAACGCAUCCUGAAAUCUUGAGGAGCAAUCUCAGUAAUACUGUCCUGGAGCUGGUCAAGCUCGGCAUCAAGGUAGCAGAUCUCGUCAGGUUCGACUACGUCGAUGCUCCGGCGCCCGAAACGCUCAUGCGUGCGCUCGAACUUCUGAACUAUCUCGGUGCUCUCGACGAUGACGGAGCGCUUACGGCUUUGGGAGCGAUUAUGGCUGAAUUUCCCCUGGACCCGCAGAUGGCCAAAAUGCUUAUCGUCAGCCCGGAAUUCAAAUGCAGCAACGAGAUUCUCACGAUCACGGCUAUGCUCUCCGUGCCCAAUAUCUGGUUGAGGCCCAACAACCAACGCAAAGAGGCCGAUGCUGCCAAGGCAAUGCUGACAAUACCAGACGGCGAUCAUCUGACGAUGCUUAAUGUAUAUAACGAAUACAUCACCAAUUUACAUGAUAAGAAUUGGGCUUGGAGUCACUACUUGUCAGCCCGCGCUCUUAAUCAAGCUGAAAAUGUCCGCAAACAACUGGAGCGAAACAUGGAACGCUUCGAGAUUGACCUCGUCAGUCUUUCCGAGCCGGCCAAACUCUAUGUGCAGGUCCGACAGGCUCUGGUCUGUGGCUUUUUCAUGCAGGUUGCGCACAAGGAAGGAGAAAAGGGAAACUAUCUCACUGUCAAAGACAACCAGGUUGUUGGUCUUCAUCCAUCCUGUGGCCUGGAAACACAGCCAGAAUGGGUCAUCUUCAACGAAUUCGUCCUGACCACUCGGCCAUACAUCCGCAUUGUGACAGAAGUCCGCCCAGAAUGGUUACUGGACUACGCCACCAACUAUUUCGACCUAUCUUCGUUCCCCGACAGCGAAACCAAACGAGCCCUGCUCAAGGUUCUCAAUAAGCGUCUCAACAAAGUCCGCGAUGGCGAUACUCGAGAGACAAAGAAACGCAAAAAGAACUAGAUUAGAUUAGACUGGCCAUCACAUCGAUGCUAUUCGAGUCAUUCGGUUACGUAAUCUUAUUGCGCCCAUCCAACUUGAGUAUUCCGUCCAUGGCUCCAAAGCUCGCUGCAGGCAAAGAAAAGCUCAUCGACGAAGAGGACGAGGUCCUACAAGCGGUGAUACUUGCCGACAGUUUUGACAAGCGUUUUCGGCCUCUAACGACGCGUACUCCUCGUUGUCUGCUGCCGAUCUGCAACGCACCGCUUCUCGAUUGGACUUUCGAAAGUCUUGCACUAGCCGGCGUACAAGAGAUCUUCGUCAUCUGUCGGUCCCAUGCUGAGCAGGUCAAGGCCGCUAUCAGGGACUCGAAAUGGUCGCGUCCAGGUUCGGGGAUCAAGAUCGUGCCCAUUAUGACUGCGAAGGAGACGUUCUCAGCCGGAGACGCCAUGCGCGAUGUAUACACCCGCGGACUGGUGACGAGCGAUUUUGUCCUGGUCAUGGGCGACCUUGUGAGCAAUAUCCGGAUCGACGAGGUGGUUCGCGUGCACAAGGAGCGGCGGAAGACGAACAAGGACGCGAUUAUGACUAUGGUCGUGAAGGAGAGCGGGGUUUCACAUCGGACGAGAACGACCGGCGACUCGUCCGUAUUCGUGCUCGACGCCCAUACGUCUGAGUGUCUGCACUACCAACCGGUCGAUGCCCAUCCUGCGACUAGAUUCGCGACGAUACCCCGAGAGGUUCUGGAGUCUCAUCCAGAGAUCGAGCUGCGUAAUGACCUCAUAGAUUGCUCGAUCGACAUAUGUUCCGUGGAGGUUCCAUCUCUAUUCCAAGACAAUUUCGACUACGAAGAUAUCAGACGCGAUUUCGUGCAUGGGGUUCUCACGUCCGAUCUUCUUAUGAAGAACAUCUACUGCUAUGUGGCUGAAGACGGAUAUGCUGCCCGGGUCAAAGACACCAAAAGCUAUGAUGCCAUCAGGUACUGCGAUCUGCGAGACUCCUUCACACGAGACGAUACUCACGAUACUCAGCAAAGAUAUUCUUUCGCGAUGGACCUUCCCUCUGGUACCGGACGAUAAUCACCCCGGCGGGCGUGUACCAACACAGCCGAGGCAACAAAUAUUUUCCCGCAGACAACUCCGUGACGCUCGCACGAUCAUCCAAAAUCGGUAACAAUACGCUUAUUGGCGCGGCGACCAGAGUCCACGACAAUGUGGAAAUCACAGGCUCUGUAAUCGGUCGCAACUGUGUGAUUGGCGCUGGCUCAGUGAUCGAGGGCGCAUACAUCUUCGACGGGACAGUCAUCGGAGCCAAUUGUUACAUCAAGCGUAGUAUCGUCGGAGCGGGUGUGACGAUCAAGGAUAAAACGCGCAUCGAAAAGGGGUGUCUAGUCGGCGACGGCGUUGUCGUUGGGCCACUAGCAAGCCUCGACUCUUUCGAGCGAUUGUCAAAAAGGCGCGAGCAGGGCGAAACCUAUGCCAGUGACGAUGAGGACUCUGACUUGGAAGAUGUCGAAAACAAUCAGGAUGCCGAAAUCGUUGCUGCAUUGGGAAAGGACUCGAAUGCUCUCGUAUGGCCUGAAGGCCCGGGAGAAGAGGACGACGAGGACGACGAGACUGCGGCUGCCUGGAAGAACCAGAGGACGAGGCGAUUGGGCGAUGACGGCUCGGAGCUGGAGUAUUCCGACGACGGAUCGGACGACGACGACAGCUCGGAUGAAUCUGACUCUGAUGAGGAGCUGAACUAUUCUGGGUCUGAGAUCGAGGUUGAGGUUCCUGGGGCUUCAAAUCUCAUGCAAGACAAGGAGUUCACGAUGGAAGUCAACCAAUCGCUGGAGCGGGCGUUCGCAGAGGGACACUCUGUCGACAAUGCCGCCGUCGAGCUGAAGACACUGCGUAUGGCGAGUAAUGUCCCGCUCUCGAGAGUUCGCGAGGCCGUCAUAGCUGCUAUCGUGGAAGCCAUCCCUGUCGUCGAAGGCGCUGCUGCCCAACGAAGAGAAAUCUCCCGUGUCAUCUCCCGGUGGGGACCGCUUAUCAACAAGAUUGGUGGCAUAGAUGCCGUAGAGGCCAUCGGCGCGUUGCAAGGUCAUUGCUCUACUUCGACGCGGCUACCGAUGUUUGGUCAUAUCUUGGCUGACUUGUACCAAAUCGAUGUCGUGGACGAAGACCACAUCCUAGCAUGGCAUGCCCUGGUCACAUCCAAAGGUCUCGACUCUGAACCGAAUGCCGAGAACGUAAAGCGAUGCUGGAUCGCUGGGGGACAUCUUCUCAAGCAACUGCAAGAGCAAGAGAGCGACGAAGAGGACGAAGACGGGGAAGACAAGGAAGAGGACGAAGGCAAAGCAUCUAUCAGCAGUGCUAAAGAAGGGUCUGGCAGCAGCGAGGAUGAAUCUUCGAGCGCUGCAGAAGGAAGCGAGAGUGGCGAAGAAGAGAGUGAGAGUGGAGAGGAGGGAAGCAGCGAUUCCGAAGAAGGCAGCGGUGACGAAGAAAGUGACGAAGAAAGCAGCCAUGUCGCAGCAACACCUCCAGCGUCAGCGCCAGCGCUAACGCCAAAAGCAGAUGCGCAGGGAACAUCUGUCCAGAUCUCUGGCGAAAGCAAAAACAUCGAGGAGAGCAAAACCAGCGGACCAAGUAAAAUCCCCGGCGAAAAUGAAACCACAACAGCAAGUAAGAGCGCCGGUGAGAGUAAACCCCCUGGAAUCAAUGCAGAGAGCACUAGUGGUGAGGAAGAUGGCGAAGAGGAUACCAGCGACAGUGAAGGAGAGAGUGGCAGCAGUGAAAACGAGAGCGGCAGCGGCGAAGACGAGAGUGGUAGCGGCGAGGAGGAAAGCAGUAGCGGUGAAGAUUCUGGGGAAGAUGGCGCUGAAGCCCACCCAGUCGUCAAAAAGCCCUAGACACAUAAUAUGAAUACAGUUUCUGAUGGAUCCAGGCCUCCGGCCACUGAGGUAUAUGUCGCUCCGGAGAGUGCAACUAGGACCCAGAUUGACUAAUUCCCCCUCUGCGCUAUCGAGUAGAAGCGGAGCAUGAGUGCUUAGACGCUUCGGAUAAAGGAUAAAGUCGGGCGAAGUCCGUGAAAUUCUCGAAAAAGAGAUAGGGCAAAGCGCUCAAUCUCAAGCGCAAACGUACCCGCAGUGUCAAAACCAGAUAUGGAUAGCGGGUACUCAAAACAGACCAGAAAAGCACCUCAAGCCGUCUCAGAUGAUAAAACACAGCUAGUUUGCGAGAGGAAAAGCCCCUGAUCGGCCCCGAAAUGGAGUCGAUCUGUCAAAGGCGGUGGAGGGACCUCAACGCAAGUGACUGGGGGCCUGUGUGUCCCAUGCGCGACACGCGGUCGGUGUUUCAAUACUUGAGGAUGAUGUGGAUCGCCGCAGAAUCAUAUGGUACCCGGUCUAUGAAAAUCAGCUUGCCUAGGCAUGCCUCCGACCCAGUAACACCGAGGGGUCUGACGUAUGGGUUGCGCAUGGGUACUUGGUAUCCCAUAAGCGCCCAGACGAUGGGCAUAAGCAGAUUUGCGCCAGACCCUGGGAUAGCGUGAGAUGCAUCACGCGAAUGAAAUGCGCGAAAGCACUGCAAUUGGCGGAUUGGCGAAUUCGAGAGGCGUUCGAGAAUCACGCACGCAAGGGUUGGAAGCAGGAGCGCAAGAAGGACCUUGCAGACGUCCGAGGAUGCGAGAGCCCAGAAACGCGCUAAAGUCGGCCAGGGACAAGAGGACCCUACCGCAGUGAAGCUUGUGUUGAGAAUCGGUUCAGAAAGUCGAGCUAAGCGAGACACUUUUGGUCAUUUCACGUUAUGUAUGUGUGCCGGGCCGGUGAUCGCGCCAUCUGAGCGCAUGGGUGUUGCCGGAUAAUUUCCACUGGACCGGGUCUGCAUUCAUUCUGCAGAGGGCACGAGGUCCCAGCGUGCGGUGAUAUGCAGUCUGGAGCAGACCAAGUGUGAGAGUCAUGCUGCUGCGGGGGCUUUGAGGAGUUGACGUUGAGACGUGAGGCAGGGAUGACGCACUUGUGACAGGCUGUGCCUUGCUGUGCCCAUGACGCAAGUGCCGAUCCGCGCUCCACAUGAUUACUAUAAGAGUGCGCAGUCUGGCCAUUUCCAGCAUCUGACGACCCUCACGUCUACAACAUCCCACUAACAUGGCAUUCACCGCUUCUGACAUCUGCAAGAUCAUCCUUGCCGUUAUCCUCCCUCCCCUUGGUGUCUUCUUCGAACGAGGCUGUGGAGCUGACCUGCUCAUCAACAUUCUGCUGACCGUCCUUGGAUACAUCCCUGGCAUCAUCCACGCCCUGUACAUUAUCCUCAAAUAUUGAGGUAGUCGAAAACAGACUCUUGAGCAACGAUACCCGCGUGUACCCUAGUUCCACUUAAUUCCAUUGCAAUCUGGCUGUAAACUUGAACACAUUCAAUUCGAAUCAGGUCAAAUUCGC